CGAUUCAUAUGUCGCUGCACCGUCGAAGCGGACGGUCGUGUGUUAAUAAAAUUUAAAAAAAAACGGUAUCUAUACAUAAAUAAAUAGUGAAGUGUGUGAAAUUGAUAAGGAAGGAAUACAUUUUAUUGAUAAAUUAAGGAUAAAUGUUACAGUUCUAUGUGAACGCUUGCGCAUUGCAGUGUUGUACAUUUCGAUUUACCGUUUUUCGGAUUCGAAAAUAUUUUAUCAAUGGAUAAACUAGGAUAAAUGACAUAAAUCUUAAACUAUAAACAAAUAACUUUACUUUGACAAAAUAUUUAUAAAAAUAUUAAGUACCGUCUUUUCUUUAUUUUUAUAAAAAUAAACCUAUUUUAUUUAUAACAUUAACAUUUAUUGUUAAAUAAAUAUUGACGACGGACUGGCUGAUUAUAACACCUAAACAGCGAAAGGAAAUCCAGAUAAGUUAUAUUUAGAACACGAAGCGAUAGUCGCUUGUUUUUAAUUUCAAAAUGGACGCCACGACACCGGAAACUCCCGCUCUGGCCAUGAACCCUACGACAGCAAAAGCCAUAGCCAUGUUGGCUUUAGGCCUUGGAAGUUUUGUGACUGGAAUGCUCCCAGCAUGCGUCUCAGAGGGGACUAGACAGAGACAUCCUCUAUUCAUCUCCUCUCUUCUCUGCUUCGGCGCCGGCGUUCUUCUCUCUACUUCUCUAGUCCACAUGCUUCCUGAAGCUAGAGAGAAGCUUCCAGAAUAUUCAGAACUUACGCUAUGCCUUGGGUUCUUCAUAGUCUACUUGGUUGACGAAAUAGUUCAUUUCUUCUAUGGAGGGGGGGAAGGACAUCACCAUAAUUCUAAUGGACCUAGAAGGAACUAUGGAAGCGUGGAAAGGACUAACUUAGUGGCUUCAAACUUGGAUGUGAGGGAAGGAGAGAGGUGCUGUGGUGACGCAGACAACCCCAGAAUGUGCCAUGUCAGUCAUACAGAGCCUUGCAACAAAAGCUCUUCAGGAAUAAUCGGGCUUUUGUGUGCCUUGUUCGUGCACAGUUAUUUGGAAGGCCUCGCUAUUGGUCUGCAAGAAAGCGCUUCCCAAGUCUUACUCCUCCUAGGAGCGGUAGCGUCGCACAAGUACGUGGUGGGGUUCUGCUUGGGCGCUGAGCUGUGUUGUUCCAGUACUCUCUGCGCCCACAUAGUCAGCGUGGCACUGUUUGCUGGCGGCUCCGUGGCUGGUAUAGCCACCGGAGCCGGCCUCGAGACGGUAGCCAGUUUGAAGGAUUCCAUCGCUGUUCCUAUCAUGCAGGCAUUAGCAGCGGGUACUCUUUUAUACGUGACAGUAAGUGAAGUUCUACCCCGCGAGCGCGCGCGCUGGCAUGAACGCAGGCGCAGUGCAGGCGUGACGCAGUUCCUGUCUGUGGGUCUCGGAUUUAUUGCCAUGUAUCUCAGCACGAAGUAUCUUGAUCAUGAUGCGGAUUAAAUUAAAUUAUUAUAAUUAAUAAUGUAGUUAAAUUAUAAGUUACUUUUUACUAUUGAAAAAAUAUUAUUAUACUUAAUAGGAAACAAAUUGAUUUUGUGACUUUUGACUAUUACCUGCCUAGUUGCAGAGAAUUUAUUAGAAAACUACUUUACUGUCUAGGUAAAAGACUGACAAUUAAUUGAAAAAAUAAGUUGUUAAUAACUUUUAAGUUUGAUUUACUAUGAUGUCGUAUUAUGGAAUUUGAAAAUUGGAUUAGAAUUUGGAAUUUGAAAUUAGGAAUUUGAAUGUAAUCAUAAGAAUAAGGACAAUAAAACAAUUUUUCUGUUUAA